UCAGGCAGACCGGCAUUCAACGUACCGCAGGACAGCAAAUCGAGGCAGUGACACUGAGCCCAGAGGCGACAUCGGAUCUCCAGAAAGCAGCUCUUGAGCUGGGAAGCCUCGAGGUCACGGCUCAUUCGCAGGGAAAUGUCACGCUGAGCAGUAACGGUUAGCGCAACAAACCCGACAUUGGGCUGCAAGCCACCCGCUUCAAUUCCAUCUGCGAUAAUCUCCUGGACAAGGACACUGUAAUAGGAGACAAGUCUUUCCCCGACAUGCCAGCACAUAUGCAUCCUUGGUUACAGUACGUCGGUGUGAUCGAAGUAAAGCGCCUGACCAAGAGCGACCUCGAUAGCGAAAUGGUCGGCCAGAUGCUGAGGUACGCGCGCCAGCUCCUGAUCGCGCAUCCAUUUGCGCGUUGGGUUCACGUCGUAUCAUGGACCGGAUUGAAAGUGAGGCUUUGGCAAUUCAACGCAAAUGGCGUGGUCUUAUCCCGAGCUUUGGAGGUAGGCGACAAAUCUGUGAGCUCUGAGCUGGAGCUCGAUGAGCUUGGCAAACUGCUGCAUCUCCUGCUUUCAGGAGAAGAGACCAUUCUGCCACGGUGGACGCCUGUCAAAAGCCAAAAAAUUCUUCAAGAUGCCGCGAGAAAGGCACGUCUCAGCCCAGACCACAUCCUUCGAUCUCGCAUCGUGAACGUCCGACCAGCUUUGAACGGCUCUCGCACGGUUGUCUUUGGUGCUGAAAUCAGCGACGAUUGCUCCGGCAGCUCGCAUGAGCACCGCGGCAAGUUCGUCUUCGUCAAAUGUAGCUGGCUACCAGAGCGUCUUGCCGACCACGAGCACCAAAUUCUGACCGAGCUCAGCGGCGCUAGCGGCGCGCCUCUGCCUCUCGUCUCGUUUGAGCUGGGCUGGACCACGUCCACUUCCUACACAAUCAGCGACCAGAAGCCUCCGGCGGGCAAAAAGCCUGCCUCAAAAGGCCGGGUAGCCGCAUACGCUGUGGUCUUUCUUCAGCAUCGAGGCGACCAGAUUCCUCGCAGUCUGAAAAUUUCAGACAUGUCUCGGAUCUUCAGACAGCUUUCCGAGCAGCUCCUUGCCUAUGCAAGGCUGGGUUUCACUACAGAGAUCUCAACACAGGAAAUAUCCUCAUGAGGUACAAUGAGCAGCGCGAAGCUGUCCUCCUUCUUGUUGAUCA